AUGAUGAAUAAAGAACUUAAAGGAGAAAAUUGCAUUUCAUGGAGUCAAAUGAUGGAAAAAUUGGAGAUUGAUGAUUUAGACAACGUGGAAGAUGCUGAUUACAAAGUUGUGUCAGAGCAUAAAAGAACACUAUGCACAGAUGGGCUGUUUUGGCAGACAGGAGAAGGAAGCACGGGCAACUUCUUGUCAUCAGAUGACCUCAGCAUGAUUGCCAGAAUCUCAGGAUGCCUUCCAUAUAUGCAACCUCCAUCUUGCCCCGUGAACUGUUUAGCCAAUAAAUACAGGCAAAUUACCGGAGCAUGUAACAACAGGAAGAACCCAAGAUGGGGAGCUUCAAACACAGCACUGGCUAGAUGGUUUCCUCCAGAAUAUGAAGAUGGGUACAGCCAACCUAAGGGUUGGAAUCCUGGAUUUUUGUAUAAUGGGUUUGUGUUGCCACCUGUUCGGGAAGUAUCCAGACGCAUAAUCCAGAGGUUUCCUGUACCUAUACCUGAAGACCAGUCCCAUUCUCACCUGCUUGUGGACUGGGGACAAUACAUAGAUCAUGAUAUGGCAUUUACACCACAGACCACAAGCAAGACAAGCUUUCAGGGACAAGUGAAUUGCCAGUCUACAUGUGAGAACUUGAAUCCGUGUUUCCCUAUAAAGUUAUCAAGUAAUGAUACUCUCGGCUCAAGAACCAGCUGUUUACCAUUUUAUCGCUCUUCAGCAGCAUGUGGUACAGGAGAUCAGGGAGUUCUUUUUGGCAACCUGACUUUGUCUAAUCCACGAGAACAGAUGAAUGGACUGAGCUCAUUUCUAGAUGCCUCAACCCUCUAUGGAAGCACUCCUGCACUAGAAAAGAGACUGAGGAAUCUUACCAGUGAGGAGGGGCUGCUUCGCGUAAAUACACAGUAUACAGAUAAUGGACGAGACUAUUUACCUUUUGUGGACAAGGUUCCUUCUGCAUGCGCACAAGAUCCAAAAGCCUCAAAAAAGGAAAGGAUUGAGUGCUUCUUUGCUGGAGACAGCAGAUCUAGUGAACUUACUUCUCUAGCUGCAGUACACACUCUGUGGCUGCGUGAGCACAACCGUUUGGCUCGUGCACUCAAGAAACUGAACUCACACUGGACUGCUGAGAUUGUUUAUCAAGAGACUAGGAAGAUUGUCGGUGCACUGCAUCAGAUUAUUACAUUACGAGAUUAUAUUCCCAAAAUUAUUGGUCCAUUAGCUUUUGAUAAGUAUAUUGGGUCAUAUAAAGGCUAUGACUCAGAACUGAAUCCAGCAGUGUCAAAUGUAUUUUCAACAGCAGCUUUUCGAUUUGGUCAUGCCACAGUUCCAGCAGUUAUAAAUAGGCUGGAUGAAGAUUUCAAAGAACACUCUACUUUCCCAAGUUUACUUUUACAUGAAACUUUCUUCAGCCCAUGGAGAAUUAUUAAACAAGGUGGAAUAGAUCCUUUAAUGAGAGGGAUGCUUGCAAGCCCAGCCAAGCUGCAAUCUACACAUCAGUUAAUGAACGAAGAGCUAACAGAAAAGCUAAUUGUUCUGUCAGAUUCUAGACCUUUUGACUUGGCAUCACUAAAUCUGCAAAGAGGACGGGACCAUGGCUUAAAAGGUUACAAUGACUGGAGGGAAUUCUGUGGAUUACCAAGGUUAACCAACCUAAUGAAUUUAAGCACAGCUAUAAGUGAUAUCACUUUAGUUCAAAAACUCAUCGACAUAUACAAACACCCUGAUAAUAUAGAUAUCUGGCUAGGUGGUCUUGUAGAAGACUUUUUGCCAGGUGCAAGGGUCGGUCCAUUAUUUGCUUGUAUAAUUGGAAAACAGAUGAAAGCACUGCGAGAAGGAGACAGAUUUUGGUGGGAAAACCAUGGAUUUUUUUCAGAAGCACAAAGAUCAGAGCUUGUCAAGCAUACUUUCUCACGGGUAAUUUGUGAUAACACAGGACUUAAAGAGGUGCCAUUUGAUGCCUUUAUUUAUGGACAAUACCCAAAAGAAUUCAUCCCUUGUGAACAAACACCCAGUAUGAACUUAGAAGCAUGGCAUGAAAAUCCCAGCAAAGUUAGUAAGUGUGGGUUACCUCCAGAUGUGGAAAAUGGAAAUGUUAUGCUUUGCACAGACACUGGACUACCCUCAGCAUUUUACUCCUGUAAUAUUGGUUAUGCACUGGAAGGAAAAGAAGAAUUAAUCUGUACAGACGGCAAAUGGAACUCUGAGCCACCAGUUUGCACAGAUAUUAAUGAGUGUGAAGAUCAGAAAACACCAGCAUGUCACACAUCAGCUACAUGUAGAAACACCAGAGGCAGCUACAGAUGCAUUUGCUCUAAUCCCUAUAUCCUUGCAGAAGAUGGAGGGACUUGUGUAGUUUCUUUAGCCUCAGCAGUGCUGUAA